AUGUCGCUGUUUGCGGCAAGUUUCGACACGCUUAAGAAGCGGACAACGCAGCUACUGGACAACUUGGACAAGCAGAAGGAUGACAAGAGCGCGCCUGAUAUACAGGAUGCUGGCGUCGACAUUCCAUACCCUCAGGUGGCCGCAGCAAUCGGCUGUCGUGAGGACAACCUCCUCGUAAGCUACGAGGUUCAGAACGAUGAAAAGGACCGCGAGAUGGCCCUGUAUGUCAUGCCCCUGGGUGGUGCAGUGAGCGUCACAGUUGCUAUGGUCAGGGCGUCGUUUCCACUGCCAGGAAACUACCAUCUUCGAUUUAAGGCGCCAACAGCAGACGGAUCCUUUGGUGGAUGGGUCUGGGUAGACUUGGCAUCCGACCAAGACCUCGUGCCAGUGUUUAAUGGUGGCAUUGCAGUGAAGGCUCUGCGUUUGCCGGCGGACGGAAGCCCAAGCCGGGCUCCUUCCCAAGCUUCCAGGAGCCGACCUGCCACGUCUGUCCAGGGCGCCUCCCCUCACGGCGGCGUAGCCGGAGACCUCAUGGAGCUCGACCUCAACUCGAAAGGCUCGCGAGGGCCGCAGGCCCAGGCGCCACAGGCGGCCCAACCCCCGGUGCAGCUGGAUCGGGCGAAGUUGGUCGCAGAACGACAAGCAAGGGAAAAGCGUGAGUACGAGGAUAAAAUCAAGAGGCACGAAGAGCAGAAGAAAAGGGAUGCGCAAUCCAAGAAGGAGAAGUUGGAGCUAAACGAUGUCCUGUCCAAGGAACUGAACGACUGGGCAAAGACGCCUGAUGGUCAGUCCUACAAAGAGAUCAGGACCCUGCUUAGCACAAUGCACUCCGUGACUUGGGAUGGUGCAAGCUGGAAUCCCCUGAGCCUGUCGGAGCUGGUGGCAGACAGCAGCAUCAAGAAGUACUACCGGAAAGCCAUCCUUAUAGCGCAUCCGGAUCGACAUCAGUCUGCCACUUCGGAGCAGCAAGUCCGCGCAGAUCGUAUCUUCAAUGCUUUGAACGAAUCCUUCAAGUCCUUUACCAGCUCCUGA